GAUCUGGGUGGUAAGAGCAACGCCAAUGUGUGUGCAGGUAUCAUUUGAAAAACAUAAAGGUCACUCGGUGGAAUAUUAAGUUCCCAGUAAUGUCUCUAUUACAUUCUUGCACGUUUGAUUGUUGUUUUCUUCUCUCUUUUACUUCAGGACUUUAAGAGAGUUAAACCAUUCAAUCUCAACAUUCAUUGCACCGUGCAGGGAAGAAGGAAACAAACUCGCACACAAAUGGAAAACAGCAGCUCUUUUUUCUAUCUUUCAACAUUUGAAGCCUCCCAUGAAGUGAUUCUGCUCAUAUUCAGCAUGUGCCUGCCCCUUUACCUCAUCACAGUUCUCGUCAACCUGCUGGUACUCGUGGUGGUAGCGACUUGCGCGGAGCUGCACAAGCCCAUGUACAUCUUCCUGUGCAACCUCGCCAUCGGCGACAUCAUCGGCAGCACGAGCGUCGUGCCCAAGCAGCUGCACAUCUUCCUGACGCGCGACAAGCACAUCUUGCGCGUCUUCUGUUUCGCGCAGAUGUUCUGGGUCAAUUGUUUCGUCUCCAAUGAAUUCUUCACGCUGGCCGCCAUGUCCUUCGACCGCUACGUGGCCAUCUGCUCCCCGCUGCACUACCACGCCAUCGUCACAACGAAGAGGGCUCUGCUCGGCUCGCUGCUCAUAUGGAUGGUCAGCGUCGCCAUAGAAAUUGUCAUCAACGUUCUCCUGAAACGUCUGGAGUUCAGCGAGGCCGAUGAGCACGUGCAGGGGAUGUUCUGCGAUCACGCGGGGAUACUCCGACUGGCGACUUCAAACACUGGCGUGAACGAGGCGUACGGCACGUGGGUCAUUGCUUCGACUGUCGCGCUCCCACUCUGCGCCAUAGCCUGCAGCUACUACAAAAUCAUUCAGCAGUGCAUCCGAAUGAAGUCCAGUGAUUUCAACAGGAAGACAUUUUACACUUUGGUCACGCACUUCUCGGCUCUCGCCAUCUGCUUCUCGGCUGUGUUCAUAUGCACGUUGGUGCCACGCAUCGUGAAGGACUUCCAAAGCGACUUCGUGAGGAACCUGCGCUGCGCAUUUCAGAUUUCCAUUUUUCUCGUGCCAAUCGCAAAUGUGCUGAUUUACGUUUUCCGGACCAAGGAGUUGAGGAACGCAACAACCAGAUACUUUCACAAAUUUGUUCCCAACGUCAAUGCGCGUUUCGGAUCUCACAAGGUCUGGACCGAUGGGGAGUUAAAAAAAUCAACUGCUGUUGCCCUUCCCCGCACCUAUUAGCACAGUUGGCUGCAUACGGUACGAAAGAAGUUCAACGGUACAUGUAUACAACUGCAACUGACAUCGACCAGAGGAGAGGUGCAGCCCUGCAAUUGCUCGCUCACAGCACUGCUGGUGGAAGGCAUCCUCUAGAGGUGCUCUACAUAUCCGCGUUGAGAGGGCAUCAUUGGCCUACUCUUCCACGCAGGUCAGAUGUCUUGGAAGAAGGAGUACCCACACUUUGCCCCACCGCACGCUUGCUGCUGAUUGACUGCUGUAACUGUGGUCUAUUAAUUUAGACUGUGGCCCAUCUCUCUCCAGCACAUAGGAACACUAUCAAAUUAUGGAACGUGUGAUUACUUUACUAAGUUACUUAUACAACGUUGUUAUUGCAAACACAUGCUUAAUAAUCAUACCA